GUAUAUAAGGCCCAAGGAUCGGUAAUCUCCCAGCCAGAUCGUUAAGAAUGCUGGGCAAGAUCAUUUUCGUAGUAUCGGCUCUGGGACUCGUAGGGGCCCAGAUCCCGAGCCUGGGAUGGUGCCCGGAUUACGUGCCGAUGGCGAAUUUCGACAUGAACAGAUUUUUGGGUGUCUGGUACGAGGCUGAAAGAUAUUUUCAAUUGUCCGAAGUUGUCGCUCGCUGUGUUACCACCAAUUAUACCAAGGGGCCCGAUGGGAAGCUUAGAGUCAGCAACGAAGUGACAAACAGAUUCACCGGAAUCAAGCGAAUCCUCGAGGGCGAAAUAAAACCAGCUGCCUCGAAGGCUGAGGAAGGCAAACUUCACGUGAAGUACACCACGGUCCCACUGACACCGGAAACCCAGUACUCGGUACUUGAGACGGACUACGAUUCCUACGCCGUACUUUGGGGCUGUUCCGGAAUUGGGCCUGUUCAUACUCAAAACGCAUGGCUCAUGACCAGGGAACGUUCGGCACCUGGUACCGUUCUCCAGAAGGCUUACGGGGUCCUUGACAAAUACAAGAUUUCGAAAACCUUCUUCGUGAAGACCGAUCAGGCUGACUGUGCUUAUUUGAACUCAAAACCGUCGGAGGCAGCUGAACCAGCCGAGAAGCCAGAAUCGGAAGAACCCGAGAAAGAGGAAGCUGCCAAACAGGUCAACCUAAGGUCAGCAAUUACUCCUGAUGCUCCGGAAAUUAUUCUCCAAACGCGAAAGGCCGAAGAGAUGGAAAAGGCUGAGGCAGUCAAAUCGGAACCGGAAGUAGAGGCGGCAGUCGAGGAAGAAACAGCCCCAGUGAAGGAGGAGGAGAUCAAGGCAGAACCCGUACCGGAAGUCAUCCUCAAGGUCGCUGAUCAGGUAGCCGAAGAAAACGUUGAGAAAAUUGCAGACUCAGCCAAAGUGGAACCGGAACCCGAGGCAGCCAUGGAAGCUGAGAAAAGCGAAUCUUGAAACGUAUAUUUAAAUAUGGAUGCUCGGUAGGAUAAACGUUAGACACAAGACGCAUUCACAUGUCGAACGAUGAACAUUUCCAAGUCUGAGGCUCGUAGCGGUACUUGCCCCGAAAAACGGGGCAAGGCCAGUCUCGCCCAAUCGAGUGCCAAAUUUGUUUAUUUUCAAGUUGUCCACUCUGGAUUCUCGUACCAACUUGGCAAGAAGCUCGAACGAGCCAAUGAAAAAUGUACAAACGAAAAAAAAAAAAUUGAAUAAAUUGUUACAUAAAAUGAACCCAUUAAAA